UAAGGUUUUGUCUUUAAACCUUAUUUGUUGGCAGUUGUCAAAAACCUUCUUCGUUGGGCAUCCAACUUCUCGAAGGCUGAUCCUGAUUUCCAUUGUAUUCCCACCAACUCCGAUCUCUUUCUACUCAUUGAUUCACAGUUCCAGCUCGCUAUUACUGAAGCUGUUGCUCUUUAGCUUUUUACGCGCAUACACUCAUACUAUUUCUUUGUCUCUUGCGUGAUUGCUGAUACCAUGCCGGCCGAUAAUCUAUUGGUGAUCUCUAAUCGACUGCCAAUCACCAUCAAGCGGAAUAGCAAUGGCGAAUAUGAUUUCGCCAUGUCCUCGGGUGGACUGGUGUCGGCACUUUCUGGAUUGAAGAAGUCUACUAGGUUCACCUGGUUUGGAUGGCCUGGUCUCGAAGUUCCAGAUGAGGACAAACCAGCUAUGGUCAAACGCCUCCGUGACGAGUUUAGCUGUGUGCCUGUGUUUUUGUCAGACGAGCUGGCUGAUCUGCAUUACAACGGCUUCAGCAAUAGUAUUCUCUGGCCUCUAUUCCACUACCAUCCCGGUGAGAUGAACUUCGACGAGGCGGCUUGGGACGCCUACCGCGACGCCAACCGGCUAUUCGCCCAGGCCAUCGCGGAUGUUGUUACGGACUACGAUCUCGUUUGGGUGCAUGAUUAUCACCUGAUGCUUCUUCCCGCCAUGCUUCGUGAGGAGAUCCAGAACCGGGUAAAGGGCGUCCAGCUCGGCUUUUUCCUGCAUACUCCCUUCCCAUCCAGCGAGAUCUACAGAAUCUUGCCGGUGCGUAGAGAGGUUUUAGAAGGUGUUUUAUGCUGUGAUUUAGUUGGAUUCCAUACUUAUGACUACGCUCGUCAUUUCCUUUCGUCCUGCUCCCGAAUCCUCGGCCUGCCGACGUUCCCGAACGGCGUCGAUUUCAACGGACAGAUGGUUACCGUCGGCACCUUCCCUAUCGGUAUCGAUCCCGAGAAGUUCACAGAGGCUCUCAAGACUGAGAAGGUGCAGAAGCGGAUAGCGCAGCUGGAAUCGAAGUUUGACGGCGUGAAGAUCAUUGUCGGUGUCGAUCGAUUAGAUUAUAUCAAGGGUGUCCCGCAGAAACUGCACGCUUUGGAAGUUUUCUUGACUGAGCAUCCUGAAUGGAUUGGAAAGGUGGUUUUGGUGCAGGUUGCUGUACCUUCACGUCAGGACGUCGAAGAGUACCAGAACUUGCGCGCGGUCGUUAACGAGCUUGUCGGACGCAUCAACGGCAAAUUCGGAACCGUCGAGUUUGUGCCGAUUCACUUUAUGCACAAGUCGGUGAACUUUGACGAGCUCGUUGCGCUGUACGCCGUGAGUGAUGCUUGUCUUGUUAGCAGCACUCGUGACGGUAUGAAUCUCGUUUCAUACGAGUACAUUGCGUGCCAGCAGAAGAAGCACGGUGUGAUGAUUCUCUCCGAAUUUGCCGGUGCUGCCCAGUCGCUAAACGGCAGUAUCAUCGUCAACCCAUGGAACACUGAGGAACUAGCUGACGCGAUCUACGACUCGAUGACGAUGCCUGAGGAGACUCGGAUCAACAAUCAGCAGAAACUGUUUAGAUAUGUGAGCAAUUAUACCUCAGCAUAUUGGGGAGAGAGUUUUGUGAAUGAGAUGAAGCGAUUGGCUGCUGCGAGCGUGAAGAAGGAAGAGCGCGCGGCCGCGGCUGCUCUGGAGUGAGAUCUAGUCUCUGGCAGACAAAUGCACUUGUUGGCGUGCGCUCCGGCAGGUUCUUCUUGGUCAGUAUAGUUGGUAUUUGCUCUUUGCAAUUAGCCUCUGCGACAUAUGGAUUGUGCAUUUAUCUUCAAAUUAUAAAUUUUUUUGUUUGUGAAUUGGGAAUCAUCGAAUACUAUCUAUCGUUUAGUGAAAUAAAAAAAUUUUGAUUGAGAAUAGAGA